AUGACAAGCAAUACAUUAUUCCCUAUUCUAAUUAUCGAUCCAGUUUAUGAAGAUAUAAAUAGCUUUGCUAAAGACUAUGACUAUGAUUUACGCGGUGUCCCCCUAUCAAAAUGGAAGCUAAUUCUCGCUAAUCCACUUGCUUAUCUAAAAAAAGAACGAUUGAAACGCUUGAUUGCUCAACGGAAAGAACGUAUUAAAGCAGGAAUUGAAGAUCCCACGUCUGAUGAAGAAGAUUUAAUUGUCCCCAAACUACCGUGUUUACCAUAUCGGCUGAAAAGAUCACCAUCACCGACAGAAGAGGAAGAAGCAGAAGGAGGAUUUGAAAGUUCAUCAGAAUCCUCUGAAGAACUCGAUCUUAUAGAUUUACAAGCACUUGAAGAUCAAGGUUGGAUAGAAGAGUAUAAGUGGCGAGUACGCACCGCUUUAGCACAAUCAAGAAAACAUGAAAGAAGAAGACAUUAUCCAUCUGUAGCAUGGGCAUUCUCUGCAAAAUAUGGUGAAGAACCAGACAGAAAUGAUGAUGAUGAUGAUGAUAAUAAACACAGAAAGACCAGAAACAGGGAUUUAACAAAGAGAGAAAGAAAACCUCCUAGAGGUAUUGACGAUAAAAAAGAAAGUUCAGCGGGAAAACAAAAAAAUUUAUUUUCAUCUCAGUCGAAUAAAACCUUGGACAGCUCAGUUGGUGCAUUUCUUGAUCAUGAUCAGAAUUUGUAUGCAUUACAAAGACUGGCUAAAAAGCGUAGCCUGAAGAAAAUGUCAAUUCGAUUAUGUACACCGUUAUACCAGACAGACACUGAAAAGGAAUCAAUAAUUAAAAAUUCAAAUUUAUCACGUUUACAGUCAGCAUCGAACAGACGAAGUGGCUCACUAACAUCCAGAUAUCCGUAUGCAAAUCAACGCGGGAAAAGUAGUGUGUUAGAAGAAUUAAGAAGGCUAAGAGAAACCUAUUGUGAAACAGACACUGAUGAAGGCUAA